AUGGACUCGACGCAGCCCCAGAUGCCGGCACUGCUUCCGAUAACGAUGGCGGUGCCACCAGAUGAUUUUGACUACGGCGCGUUCCUCGAUGGGGAUAUAGAAUUCGGCAUAAGCGACGAAUAUCUAAACGCCUCCGGCUCCGACCCAGAUUCCGCCCUCAAUCUGUCUUCAUCGUCGGUCGAAUUCCGCUCCAGCGACACCACGGUUGUGCCAUCCACCCAGAAGAAACUCGAGAGGAGGGGCCACACCAAGAGCCGCAGAGGAUGUUUCAACUGCAAGCGCAGACGCAUCAAGUGUCAAGAGACCCAUCCAGCCUGCGGUCACUGUCGCAAAUCGGGCCUCCAGUGCGAAUAUCCCAGUCUGCCCCAAAUCACGCACCAGCCCCAGCACAAGAUACCCAUCUUCACCAUGGAGGAUAUGCGCUUCUUCCAGCACUUCCUGCUGCAGUGCUACCCCCAUCAUCCUCUCGGCAACGAGAACGUCUGGACGCACGAGGUGCCAUGUCUUUCGCAGACGCAUCCCUACCUCAUGCAUGCCAUCCUCGGCCUCGCCGCCUGCGAGCUCAGGAGCCAGGACCCCUCGGUCCUCCCACAAGCCAUGGUCCACCGCACAAAGGCCAUCCGCGCCAUGAAGAAGUCGCUCGCCGGCCUGCCCCGACGCGGCCUGACGCACGAACAGGCCAACGCUCUCAUAUCCGCCUGCUUCGCCCUGACUUUCCAGUCGGUGCUCCUCGAAGACGGCAUGCCCGAGUACAUGGCCUUCAUCCGCGGCAUCGUCGUCGUCGGCAUGCAAAUGGCCACGCGUCGCAUCCGCCCCAUCUUCUCCAACAUAAUGGAAGAGGACGCCAACGCCCUGAUGCAGCCCGUCAUGGAGAAGCUCGCCCCGCUGCCGCGCGCGUGGGUCGACGGCGCCGUCGCGGGCAUCGAGAACCUGGCGCCCCUCUGCGGGGCUCCCGACUCGACGGCGGCCGAGUAUCACGCGCGCCUGCUCGACAUGGCCGUCACGCUGCGGCGGUCGUCAUGGGAGGGCUACCAGUGCAUGAAGGCGCACUACGGGUGGUGGAUCAUGCUGCCGCACGAGCGGUUCCAGCUGGUCGUCGACCGCGGGAGCCAGGUCAUGAUGCUGCUGGCGGCGCACUGGAUCGCCCUCAAGCAGAUCAUGGCCGAGAUUACGCUGCACGAGUAUGACGUGCGGCAGAAGGCGCCGGCCGACAGGGAUCAUACAGAGGAGGGCAUGCUGCGCUGGCUGCGACACCUGAACAGGCAGGUUGAUGCGGCACAUGGGAAUUACAACGCGUGGCCUGAGUGGAGCCAAGCCGAGGACGACCCAUCCGUCACAAUGUCCACAGCAACAGGAGCACCCCCGUGCUACACGCCCACGGCGAGGCGACCGUCGACGGCCUCCUCAACCCCCUCCCUCCCAGCCUAUUCCUCGCCCGCCAUGGCCUGCCGACAGCAGCAGCCCUUCACACCAACGACGACCCUCAAGAUCAUCAACCCAGGCAAGCCAACCAUCUCCCUCCCCGGGCCCCCGGCCCCGCACCCCAUCCCGGUCCAUGACGCCGCAGCGCCCCCCGGCGCCCCCGCAAAGUACAUCUCCCUCCGCGCAAGCCGCCGCUCCGGCACCGCGACCCUCGUCCCGGGCCACGACACGUCAGCCCCGGCCCUCGCAACGACAAGCUACCGCUUCGGGCCCAGACGACCGCCAACCCUGACGUUGCACGGCCACGGCCACGGCCUCCCCCCCGACCCCGACCCCGACCGCCGGGCCCUCUCGUCAUCGGAAGCAGCACGCGGCCGCGUCGGACGCGGUCAAGCGGCGGCCGCCACAGCAGCGACGGGCGCGCGCGACUUUGCAACCGAGCUGACGGCCCCCGCGCUCUCGCGGACCACGACCCUCGACAGCCCCCUCGGCCGGUUCCGCUGGCGGUACCCGUCGCGCGCCGAGACGACGCGCGGCGACCACGGCCAGGGUGAGCGCCACGACGGCCGCGCGCGCCUCGUGCUCGAGCGCGUCGUGCCGCCCGCCGCGGGCAAGGGCGGACGGGCUGGCGGGGCGGGGCACAUUGUCGGCUGUCUCGUCCGCGGAAGGGGGGCCGCGGCCGGAGAGGGCGGGGACCUGCAGCUCGACCUCGCGGCGGCGGACGAGGCGGUCGCGGAGGCGUUGCUUUCUGCGGGCGGGCACGGCGUGGCAGAUGAGAAAGAGCGGGAAAAGGAAAAGAUGGCGGCGCGGGACGUGCUCGAGCUUGUGGCUGUCGCGAGCUGUAUCGCCAUGCUCAAGAGGGAGGUGGACCGGCUGCGACUGAGGCAGGGGCUUGUCCUGGCGGGAGCGGCGGGAGGCUCGUAG